GCGGGGAGGGGGUCGGAGCUGCAAUGGGAUUGUUCGUGAGAUAGCUUCGCUGAAUAACCGGCUCCGUUGGCACCACGGGAAGAGUCGCGGUGUCUCCCGGCUCUCAGCAGCAGCAGGUGGUAAGACAACCAGCCGCCUGACGUCCCUGUGAAGGAUGGUGACUUGGAUCCAGUCUUCUUUCCCGUCAGAGAUUGGAUGCCUUGUUACUUUCAGAGCUUUUGUCACAGGAACACUGUAGCUUGGGAAGAUCCUGAUGUUGAUGUCCCUCAUGAUGCCUUUGCUGUCUGGGGAGAUGCUAUAUUUUUCUGAAUGAAGUAAGAUACAACAGUGAGUAAUCAAGACAUCUGGUGUGCUGGGAACGCUCAACUUUACCUCAAUGUAUCCCAUGUUAACGGUUUUGAGUAUGUUUUAUUACAUUUGCCUGCGUCGCAGAGCCAGAUCUGGUACAAGAGGAGAAAUAAUGAAUAGUCGGCGAGCUAUCGAGUCAAGCAAUCGCAUCUUACCUCUUUGUGUUGAAGUGGUGCAGCAUGUCAAAGAAGUGGUGGACUUCAGUUCUCAGUACGGCAGUGAGAACAGCUUGUCCUAUACCAUGUGGAAUUUGUCUGGACUUCCCAAUGUUUAUCCAAGUUCUGGUGACUUCACUCAGACUGCUGUGUUUCGAACAUAUGGAAAAUGGUGGGAAAAGUGCCCGAGUUCCCCACCUCCAUUUAGGAGGAUGCCCCGUACUUUUCAGAGCCAGGAGUACGUUGAGCUAGUAUUUGAAGAGGCUGUGUAUCCAACGGCUAUUGAUGUUUUGGAAACGUAUCACCCCGGAGCGAUUGUUAGGAUCUUGGCGUGCUCAGCAAAUCCUUACUCUCAGACUCCUCCAUCAGAAAUUAGAUGGGAAACUCUAUGGGCAGGGGAACCUGAGAAAGUGAAUAUCUCACAGGCUCGCCAAUUUACACCCUGCAUUAAACAAAUUAACUUCACUACAAACUUGAUUCGCCUGGAACUGAACAGUUCUCUCCUAGAAUACUAUACUGAAUUGGAUGCUGUAUUGCUACAUGGUGUAAGAGAUAGACCUCUUUCCCUACAUAAACCAUCCAUGUUAGAUCUGGACGAUGAUGACAAGGAAGAUCAUAGUAGAGAAUUCUUCAAUGAACAGUCCAGUGAAAAGAUCUUAUCUGAAUGUACCAAGAAUGGUUAUUUUGGAAGGCUGCCUUAUGAGCUAAUCCAGCUGAUUCUCAGUCACCUGACAGUGCCAGACCUUUGCCAGCUGGCACAGACCUGCAAGUUGCUACAUCAGCACUGUUAUGACCCUCUUCAGUACGUCCAGCUCAGUUUACAACCUUACUGGGCAGGUCUGGAUGAUUCUUCUUUGCAGCACCUGGAGUCACGCUGUGCUCUUGUGCAGUGGUUAAAUCUGUCUUGGACAGGGAACCGAGGAUCCAUCAGCAUGCAAGGAUUCAGCAGAUUCAUGCAAGUGUGUGGAUUUGAGCUGGUGCGCCUAGAGUUGGCCUGUUGCCACUUCCUGAAUGAAACUUGCCUCGAGGUUAUUGCUCAGAUGUGCCCAAACCUCCAAGAGCUGAACCUUUCAUCCUGUGAUAAACUAAACACUCAGGCUUUCUGCCAUAUCGCUAAGAUCUCAGGUCUCCGACGUCUGGUCGUUUACCGCACAAAAAUUGAGCAAAUCUCACUACUCAGCAUUCUGAACUUCUGUUUGGAACUUCAACACCUCAGCCUGGGCAGCUGUGUCAUGGUUGAAGACUAUGACCUAGUGGCAAGUGUGAUUGGAGCCAAAUGUAAAAAGCUGCGAUCCCUAGAUCUAUGGAGAUGUAAAAAUAUUACGGAAAACGGCAUUACUGCGAUUGUAGCAGGUUGUCAACUGCUGGAGGAAUUGGAUCUGGGAUGGUGCCCAACUUUACAAAGCAGUACAGGAUGUUUCAUAAAACUUGCCCGCAAACUUCCUAAUUUGCGUAAGCUCUUUCUGACAGCCAAUAGAUCUGUAUGUGACGCAGAUAUUGAGGAGCUGGCUGCAAAUUGCCCUCAUCUGUUUCAUGUGGAUAUAUUGGGCACACGAAUGGUCAGCCCAGGGGCCUUAGAAAAGUUGCUUCAGCAGUGUAAAGAACUCCGUCUGCUAGAUGUUUCCUUCUGUUCCCAGAUCGAUAGUCGAGUGGUACAAGAUCUCAGCGCCAAUUUUCCAAACGUAUCAAUUAAGAAGAGUUACACCCAGUGACCAGCCUUGCUCCUUUUCUGUAUGAAAAACGUGUAAUCACUUCUCUAGUCCUCAUGUGCUUUCUGGCAUUCAACAAAAAUUUACCUUAACUUAAAGCUUAAUCCCUUCACUGUUUGGUACAUUCCCUCUCGAAUCCUCCUCCUGGGGAAAUUGCCAAAGAUUUUAACUGUCAUGGAGAGUGGUUCUGGGCCAACACUGAUAAUAUGGAGUAAGUGACUGAGAGUAACAUUCUGGAAGGAACCAAACACGUGUCUUUGUACUAACUCUGUUGCCAGGAUUUUAUGUCAUAGACUUAUAGAACACUACAGCACAGAAACAGACCUCUCCUCAGCCCAUCUAGUCUAUGCCAAACUGUUAAUUAGUCUAGUCCCAUUGACCUGCACCCAGACCAUAACCCUCCCAUACCCCUCACAUCCAUGUGCCUAACCAAACUUCUCUUAAGUGUUGAAAUUGAACUCGUAUCUACCACUUGAGUGAAGAAGUUCCUCCUCAGUUCCCCUUAAACAUUUCCUCUUUUACUCUUAACCCAUGACAUCUAGAUGUAGUCUCACCCAACCUCUGUGGAAAAAGCCUACUUGCAUUUACCCUAUCUAUACCCCUCAUAAUUUUGUUUAACUCUAUCAAAUCUCCCCUAAGUCUUCUCCCUCCAGCGAAUGGAGUUCUAAUCUGUGUUUAAUUGUAUUCCUCUUGCUGUAAAUUAGCAAUAAUGGGUAAUAUUUCAAAUUCAUUUAAGACUUUUUCUCCCAAAACAUACUUUUAAAGGCGACAUAUUUAUACCACUCAGGUUAGUGGGCUUAAUUUUAAGGAAGUUGUUGGACAGGGAUUUUUAAACAUUGGCAAUCAGGUUUGUAUUUUUGUAUUGUUGACUGAGUAACUGUGGAUCUCAAAGCAUCAACUCCAAUUGCAAACUGAAACUUCUGACACACAUCAUAAUACAGAGAGCAGAAUGUUUCAACUUCGAUCGACAAACCUAUACACUACUUUUGAGGGAAAUUGGAGGUACAGGUUCUACAGAUUGGAUGGGUUGCACCUGAACUCGAGCGGGAGCAAUAUCCUUGCUGGUAGGUUUGCUAGCAUGGUUUGGGAGGGUUUAAACUAAUUUACAAGGGGGAUGGGACCCGGAGCGAUAGAGCAGUGAAAGAAGUGCAUGGAGUAAAGCCAGAUCUAACAUAUACAGAGGCUUUGAGGAAAGAGAAGCAGAAUAAAGGGUAUAAAGGUAGUAAGGUAGAAGGGCUAAAGUGUGUGUACUUCAAUGCAAGAAGCAUCAGGAACAAAGGUGAUGAACAGAGAGCUUGGAUACAUACAUGGAAUAAUGAUGUAGUGGCCAUUACAGAGACUUGGCUGGCAGCAGAGCAGGAAUGGAUUCUCAAUAUUCCUGGAUUUCAGUGCUUUAAAAGGGAUAGAUGGUGGGGGGAAGGGGAGGAGGGGUGGCAUGACUGGUCAGGGAUACUAUUACAGCUGCAGAAGGGGUGGGUAAUGUAGCAGGAUCCUCUUUUGAGUCAGUAUGGGUGGAAGUCAGGAACAGGAAGGGAGCAGUUACUAUACUGGGGGUAUUCUAUAUGCCCCCUGGUAGCAGCAGAGAUAGUGAGGAGCAGAUUGGGAGGCAGAUUUUGAAAAGGUGCAAAAAUAACUGGGUUGUUAUCAUGGGUGACUUUAACUUCCCUAAUAUUGAUUGGCACUUGAUUAGUUCCAAGGGUUUAGAUGGGGCAGAGUUUGUUAAGUGUGUCCAGGAUGGAUUCCUGUCACAGUAUGUUGACAGGCCGACUAUGGGGAAUGCCAUACUAGAUCUAGUAUUGGUAUCGAACCGGGUCAGGUCACAGAUCUGUCAGUGGGUGGGCAUCUGGGGGACAGUGAUCACUGCUCCCUGCCCUUUAGCAUUAUCAUGGAAAAGGAUAGAAUCAGAGAGGACAGGAAAAUUUUUAAUUGGGGAAGGGAAAAUUAUGAGGCUAUAAGGCUAGAACUUGCGGGUGUGAAUUGGGAUGAUGUUUUUGCAGAGAAAUGUAUUAUGGACAUGUGGUUGAUGUUUAGGGAUCUCUUGCAGGGUGUUAGGGAUAAAUUUGUCCCAGUGAGGAAGAUAAAGGAUGGUAGGGUGAAGGAACCAUGGGUGACAAGUGAAGUGGAAAAUCUAGUCAGGUGGAAGAAGGCAGCAUACAUGAGGUUUAGGAAGCAAGGAUCAGUUGGGUCUAUUGAGGAAUAUAAGGUAGCAAGAAAGGAGCUUAAGAAGGGGCUGAGAAGGCCUUGGUGAGUAGGGUAAAGGAAAACCCUAAGGCAUUCUUCAAUUAUGUGAAGAACAAAAGGAUGACAGGAGUGAAGGUAGGAAGGUAGGACCGAUUAGAGAUAAAGGUGGGAAGAUGUGCCUGGAGUCUGUGGAAGGGAGCAAGGUCCUCAAUGAAUACUUCUCUUUGGUAUUCAUCACUGAGUGGGAACUUGAUGAUGGUGAGGACUAUAUGAGUGAGGUUGACGUUCUGGAGCAUGUUGAUAUUAAGGGAGAGGAGAUGUUGGAGUUGUUAAAAUACUUUAGGACGAAUAAGUCCCCGGUGCCUGACGGAAUAUUCCCCAGGCUGCUCCACAAGUCAAGGGAAGAGAUUGCUGAACCUCUGGUUAGGAUCAUUAUGUCCUCGUCCAUGGGAAUGGUACUGGAGGAUUGGAGGGAGGCGAAUGUUGUCCCCUUGUUCAAAAAAGGUAGUAGGGAUAGUCCAGGUAAUUAUAGACCAGUGAGCCUUACGUCUGUGGUGGGAAAGCUGUUGGAAAAGAUUCUUAGAGAUAGGAUCUAUGGGCAUUUAGAGAAUCAUGGUCUGAUCAGGGACAAAGCAUGGCUUUGUGAAGGGCAGAUCAUGCCUAACAAGCCUGAUAGAGUUCUUUGAGGAGGUGACCAGGCUUAUAGAUGAGGGUAGUGCAGUGGAUGUGAUCUACAUGGAUUUUAGUAAGGCAUUUGACAAGGUUCCACAUGGUAGGCUUAUUCAGAAAGUCAGAAGGCAUGGGAUCCAGGAAAGUUUGGCCAGGUGGAUUCAGAAUUGGCUUGCCUGCAGAAGGCAGAGGGUCGUGGUGGAGGGAGUACAUUCAGAUUGGAGGGUUGUGACUAGUGGUGUCCCACAAGGAUCUGUUCUGGGACCUCUACUUUUUGUGAUUUUUAUUAACGACCUAGAUGUGGGGGUAGAAGGAUGGGUUGGCAGGUUUGCAGGCGACACAAUGGUUGGUGGUGUUGUAGAUAGUGUAGAGGAUUGUCGAAGAUUGCAGAGAGACGUUGAUAGGAUGCAGAAGUGGGCUGAGAAGUGGUAGAUGGAGUUCAACCCGGUGAAGUGUGAGGUUGUACACUUUGGAAGGACAAACUCCAAGGCGGAGUACAAAGUAAAUGGCAGGAUACUUGGUAGUGUGGAGGAGCAGAGGGAUCUGGGGCUACAUGUCCACAGAUCCCUGAAAUUUGCCUCACAGGUAGAUAGGAUAGUUAAGAAAGCUUAUGGGGUGUUAGCUUUCAUAAGUCAAGGGGUAGAGUUUAAGAGAUGUGAUGUAAUGAUGCAGCUCUAUAAAACUCUAGUUAGGCCACACUUGGAGUACUGUGUCCAGUUCUGGUCGACUCACUAUAGGAAGGAUGUGGAAGCAUUGGAAAGGGUACAGAGGAGAUUUACCAGGAUGCUGCCUGGUUUAGAGAGUAUGGAUUAUGAUCAGAGAUUAAGGGAGCUAGGGCUUUACUCUUUGGAGAGUAUGAUGUUGAGAGGAGACAUGAUAGAGGUGUACAAGAUAUUAAGAGGAAUAGACAGAGUGGACAGCCAGUGCCUCUUCCCCAGGGCACCACUGCUCAGUACAAGAGGAAGUGGCUUUAAGGUAAGUGGAGGGAAAUUCAAGGGGGAUAUUAGAGGAAGGUUUUUUCACUCAGAGAGUGGUUGGUGCAUGGAAUGCACUGCCUGAGUGAGUGGUGGAGGCAGACACACUAGUGAAGUUUAAGAGACUACUAGACAGGUAUAUGGAGGAAUUUAAGGUUGGGGGGGGUUUUAUGGGAGGGCUUGAGGGUCGGCACAACAUUAUGGGCUGAAGGGCCUGUAAUGUGCUGUACUAUUCUUUGUUCUAUGAAAUACAGGAAUUAUGUCAACACUGCUAGUUUUGAUACAAUAUUACACAUCACACAUAAAUAUGGUAGACAUGCUACUGUCUUGAACAUUAUUAGAGGAAAAGAUUGGUUACUUUAAGGAAGUUACAAUAUUGUGUGCUUGGUAUUUAUUCAUUACCAUUUAUGUUCCCAGAUCGACAGUCGAGUGGUACAAGAUCUCAGCACCAACUUCCAAAGCAUAUCGAUUAAGAAGAAAAUGCAAAGUUGUGCCAUUACUCUUCUGUGUUUAAGGAGAAUAGUAGUCGUAGCUGUGUGAUCACUCAAGUCGAGUGUGAUGUUCUUCCAAGGGGUUAUUCCCUUAAUGGAAAAUACCUGUGUGUGAAUUUGUUUAAUGUGGGAAGUGUGAUGUAUGGACAGCCACCACAUGAUCCUUGAUAGAUCAGGAUCAGGGACUAGAGGCAUGGAAUGCAAGACAACUGAGGAUUCUUCACUGCUGCAGCUUUCCUCUGCCUUCACUGCUGUUGUGAUGUGUCAUCAUCUUCUGCCAGCUCCAUUGUUGAGGUCUUGGUUGGAUUACUCUGUCUGGAACCUAACUGUUGAUCUUAUCACCAUGUGUGACCCUACCAGGAAUGAAGCUCCAGAUGGCAUCACUCUCAGGAUUUCAGGGAUACACAAGCUUCUCCACAGUGACAAGGUGACGAUCCCUGGAGAAGGUUAAGGAGUAUAGAUGCACAUUGAAAUAUUUUUACUCAUUACAAUGAUUACAUUUAACUUUUGGAAGUUCUGAAUUUCAGCUUGAAUUUAAUCAGGAUUAAAAUAUGUUUUUUUUUGACACACAGUUACCUGUAAAGGCACAAUCUGUUGGAGCCUGUUUGUUAUUCAAUUGAGACUUGCAUAGAUUUAUUUACUCAGUAACUUGUCAAGCUUCCUUAUGGAAUAGUUUUAUUUUAGAUAUGUUGCAUGAUCACUCUAGCCAUUUCAAAAUGAGCCAUCUAUAUUGGACAGUAAGUUUAAAAUCCCACCUCAUCAAUUGAGGUUUUUAUCUCCUCUCAUGUCCAGCACAUUUUACUAUUAUAAUUAUAAUUGAAUGUUUUGAGAGUGUUCCACAAGGAAGGGUUCUGUUUAGGUUGUCAUCUGCAUGAAAUUUUUGCAUCCUAUUAUAAUUUCCAUCUGUGUUCAUGGCUUAUAGUAAAAAUAUUCUAUAAGAGACUCUAGUUAGGCAGCUAGAUGAUUGAAAAAUAGAGGGCUAUGUGGAGGGAAGGUUUAAAUUGAUCUUAGAGUAGGUUAAAAGGUCUACACAACAUUAUGGACCGAAGGGCCUAUAUUGUGCCGUAAUGUUCUAUGUUCUAUAAGUCCAAUCCUUUGACCAGUUGGUUGAUCUGAUUAUCCCAUCUUUUGAUCAGUUUACAUUUUAAAUACUUUUGUAUAUUUUUGAAACAGAAUAUUUUGAUUAAUGCUAUACAUGAUAUGUUUACCCUGUUGGUAUUUCUUAAUAAUAGGUUUGUUUUCUUUUUAUUUUAAUCCUAUCACAAAAUCCAACCACAUUGAAUUUGAGUUAAAGACACAAUGAAAUCUGCUCUUGAAGCAAGUUGAAAAAUGUUCUUCAAGAAAAGAACGUUAGUAGAAAAAAAAUGAUCUUAAAAGGUGCCAUGGUAGAA